GUUACAGAGAUCGGAGACCUUCCGAUCGGCGAUGCAUGCUGUGCGGCCGUCGCCGCCGGCGCACUUGAUCGCUGCCGCUCGUCCAACGUACUCCAGGCGGCACUAUUGCAUGGCUACGUUGAGUCUCCUUUAUCUCGUUGCGAGCGUCAUAUGGUCGUGGUUGUACGUGGUGAUGUUGCUCGAGUUUGCUCAAAACGAUGCGCUGUGGUGUGAGCUCGACGAAUCUGUUCAGGGAUGGUUGAUGGAAGCGAUGAACGUAGUUGAUCUCGUCGCAGAUGACAUUGAUGUCCUCAGCAUCGACUUGACGUCCCUCUCAUUUGCCGUCGACGAAUUCGAGACGCCGCACGCUGUCCGCCUCUGGCCAACGUACCCACGGAGACUCCUGUAUACCAAAGUGCUGGAACCUGCGCUGGCCAUCGCGUCAUGCCGACAAACGAGCCCGCGGGACCUCUUGUGGAUCAGCACCCAGUAUUGCUGGAUCGAUUUUGCACACACGUGGGAAGUCAGCCAUACGCUUAAACGCCAACUCCGCUGCCGACGCAAGUACGCAAACAAUGGUGCUGUGUACUUGGAGGCGAUCCUUCGCAACACCAACAUGAACGUGUUCCUUGACACCAUGGGUGGCCCAAACGGGAUCUUCACUGCUGCAGUCGGGCAAACUUUGCAGCAAUCGGCCGCCGGUCGGGCGUUCCUGGCCGACUUGACUUCGUUGGACAAGCUAGCGGUGCAAGACGAAGCAGCGUACUGGGCAACACAUAACAUCACGCAGUGGAUCCCGCAGCUCCAGAACUUUAUGCAAGUCGGACUAUCCAACUUUAUGACGAUAUCUCCAGCGACUGGACUCUACAACACAAUGUCAACGGCCAUUUUCCCAAAGUUCGCUCGAACGGCGCAAUGGACGACAUGGCUCAUGAGCCUUCCAGUGUUUGACGACAUGACAACAGCGUCAGUGUACAACCGCAGCAUCAUUCGCAGCGACCCAUCGUGCCUUUGGGAUGAAUUUCCAUUGAGCGGCUAUGACGUUGGCACGAAUCUCUUGUACAGCACCCUCGGGCCUCUCUACACGGUGGACUUGUACAUCACCGCAGUACCGCUGUCAUUGAGGCGCCUGUACCGCAUGUACAUCAGUGUCUUGCAUGAGACUCGAUGGCGAGAUGAGGCAGUCAGCGCCAUCUUCCAGCUCAUUGAUUCGUUUGUCGUCCAUUCGCCGCCAAUCCGGUCGUGGCAGGAGUCGUCGGUGGAAUUCCUGACAGGCAAUCCGCUCUGUCCGUCGUACUCGCAGACGACGCCGUUUCCGUUGCAAGAGUGGUGGUUCGACGAUACGUGCGAAGUGCAAGUCCCCCUUCGAGUGCCGCUCAAUCGACACAGCCUACUCUUUGCAGUGCUGGCAUCGAUUUCGACGUCGCCGGUCGAGGCGAGUGCAAUUUGCUCCAGCGCUCGUGACAAGACAGCUUGUUUUGCCGGCAUGUCCAGGGCGCGCCAGGUCGCGGACACAAUGGGCCACCCUCGAUGGAAUACAUUGGUGCGCGAGGCGAAAACGAGCAUUUCGACGAUUGAACUUGUUCAAAUCGCGGUGGCUUCCGUUGCGAACACCUCAACAAAAGAGCCCCACCUCCUGCGGCAGACACUUGUGGACGAGAACGACCCUGUAUUUACGUUUUUGGGGUGGAGUUACCUCUUCGACUGGGUUGAAGGAAAGCGCGAGGUGGUGCUCUUUGAGGGCGACGUUGGGGCAUACCACCUCAUGUCCCACCAAUACGAGUUGUCCGUGGACAUGCCGCCCAUUCAAGGAGAGAUCCCCCGCAGCAUUGCGCUUCUCUUGAGUUGCGGUGUCGGAUACAUCAGCAUCGUACAAACUCUCGUCGUUGUGUACGUGGUGGGCAUCGCAGUCGUCAACCGCCUCGAAAUCUCAUCGCACAACUUGUGGUACUUUCAUCGAGUCGGGGGGCUGACCUGGGUAGGUCGGCCACUCCUGUUUCUCCGAGGGUACACUGCGCUCUUGGUGCUGAGUUCGGCACGUACGGAGCUCCAGACACAGCACGGACUGACGAAACUGAGCAUCCGUCACCGAACCGUGGUGGAAUCCAUGCUGCUGGCCGGUGAAGUGACGUGGGUUGCGUACGUAGCUGCAGACGUCGUCCUUCUGAAACACCAAUCCUGGCUGGCUGCGCCACUGAGCAGUGCGGCGGUCUUUGCAUUGGCGUUGGUGCUUGAGCUCACCGAACCGAUUGUUCCGAUGGUUAUCCCGACGCAGGACUGCCGCUAUGUUGGAGUCCAUGCCGGCCUCGUGUGCACACGAAAUACUGUCCUCCACGGGGACGUUGCGCGAGUGAUAUGGAUGUUGAGCGGCAGCUUUGCCGCGGUCAUUUUCUCAGCCUCUGUCGUUUACUCUGCCAAAUCACGCUUCACUAAGUCGAUUCCACAUGCCCACGUGUGGUACACGGGUGCCGCCUUGGCCUACUUCGACCUGCACAACAUUCACAACCUGCCCAUGGGCGAAGUGUGGCUCGAUCAAGCGUCCAACUUUAUGUGCGGCAUCCUCGUCCUCCGGCUGAGCGCCAAGUUAUCCGUGGUCCUUGACAUCAAGUCAUGGCAGUGCUUGCGUCUCCGCACGCAAGCCAUUGCACGACGGGGAACAUAUUGCUCGUUGAAGCUAAAACCGCCCCAAACACGACUGUCCGUGACCACGCCAGUUCCCGCUCAGUCCACCUCGACCCGAGCGCCUGUUCAGCUUGUCGUGAUGGGCUUUUUGUAUGUCCUUGCGACCCUCGGGGGCAGCUGGUUGUACUUGUCCGUUCUCACAGACAAAAUGUCCAACGACUUUUGGUGGGCCAACUUUAACACGACCGGCGGUCAUCACUUCCUAGCCAAGUUGCUACAACGUGAACAGGAGCCCAACAGCACGUUUCACCUGGACAACGUCGAGAAUGCACUGGUUGGAGACUUCAGUGGCCCGAGUAACAACGUGCCGAUUUAUGCGAGUCAAGCCACCUUGUACAAGCACUUGGCCCUGCGGCAUCUGCCCAACGUCGUUCAGGGCUUCCGCCAACUUUCAGGAUGCAUCGCGCCGUGGGUCGCGGCGCAGUAUUGCUGGGUCGACUUUGGUCGCCAGUGGGACAUGGCCAACUCGGCAGCGCGGCAACGACGGUGCGACUUGCGUCAACGUGAAAAUGCGGCUGCAUACCUGGAACCGCUUGUUCGAAACAUUCAUAGCCACGACUUCUUUGCGUGUUGGGGACAAGCCUUUGACAUUGGAAUUGGUCGUGAACUACGCCAAAGCGCCAUGGGGGUGGAGUGGCUGAUGUCGGCCUUGAAAGAACCCCACUUGUCCGUCGAGAACGAAGUGGCGUAUUGGCAAUCGCAUCAUAUUUCGACGUACGUGGUUCAAUGGCAAAAUUAUAAACUCGCUGGAAUCGUCAAUUCGAUCGUGGUGGAGAAUGCGUUUGGUGCAACAUAUCCGCUCACGUUUCAGUCGCGCAACGGAUCGUGGCGCGUCGCGGACUCGACGUCAUUGCGGAUGUACUGGACGCUGGCCAACGAUCUCGUGCACGUUGCAACAUGGGCCAACACCACGGACGGCCACGGCGGGCAAUCAUUGAUCCGACAGAGUGCCAACUUUGCUUUCAUGAACUCUUCCAUCACGACUGUCUUCCAAUCGGCGUACGGGCUCUUGGCGUCGGUCCCUACCAACGUCAUGGGAUUGUUUCAACACCAUGUUGGACCGUAUGGGUCGGUCGACAUUUCGUACGUCGCGCCACCUACGGCUGUGGCGGUGUUUUUCCGGCGCAUUGAAAAAUACGUCCAAGCAACCCUGUUCGUCAACGCUUCCGCGUCAGUGGCGCAUUCCAAGCUCCCCGCCGGGUGGUACCAAACAGUAGUCCCGCUCGCGUGGCAAAACAGCAGUCUCACGUACAUCGGGGGCUCUCCCCUUUGCCCGAACGCGAUGGUCGAAAUGAACUCUCCGUACCCGUACUGGGACACGACUGGUCCUUGUGCGUUGGCGAUGGUCGAAGAAGCCAUGUAUGUGACGCCGUGGGACGCGCUUAUUGCAAACAUCGCGGCGGGGGAAAUCCUUCCCCGAGAUGCAAAUGUGACGUGCUUGCAUACUUUGCAGCCAGAAGACUGCUUCAGCGUUCUCGCCCACACGACAGAAUUUCUCCAAUCUUUUCUGCCCGAGGUGUGGGACCUCAUGCGCGAUGAAGCCCGCCAAGUGGGACCACUUGCUCAGGCACUCAAUGUGAGUUUGUUCCAGUUUGCCAUCCAAGCGGGCGAGCCCGUCGUGGCCCUAAAGAACGUAUUUGCCUUGGACGACGGCGACUUUGGGUGGCAAUUUUGGAUGUGGUGCUACAUGCACUUGUGGUAUGUGGGCCAGCGCGAAGUCAUCGCGCUCGAAGGCGACUCGGGAUAUGUUUUGUCCGUGAUGUCGACGGCCGUCAAAGUUGACACAUAUGCCUUGAACGCGCUGGAAAUUCCCCAGAGUUUGGCACUGUUUUGCAUGCGGGGGGUACAAUACGUCACCCUCGCCCUUGUCGCGGUAGCCGGGACGCUGCUUGUAUAUAUCGUCACCAAUCGAGGUCAUGUGGAGCCGUGGAACUUGCUCAAGUUGAACCGCGUCGGGGCACUUGUGUGGGUCGGCAGACCUCUCUUGCUCCUCCGAGCUGUGUCCGCGCUGUGUCUACUUAGCACGGGCCAAAUGCAGUUGCUCCCGUCCGCGUCUGGUUUGAGUGCUAAGUUUGAGUGCCCCUCGACGACAGGCUGGAAGUACAUGGUGCAAUCGAUCGUCGUGUCGGGCGAAGUGUGCUGGUCGACAUAUAUCAUACACGACAUUGGGUCGAUCUGGACGACGCAUUACACCCGCGCGUAUGCGAGCAAGAGCUACCUCGUGGUGUGGGCAGUCAUGGCGAUGAUUCAGGUCGUGGCUCCCAUGCACAUUAGCAUCACGCUUGAACCAACAUGCGUUCCGUACGAGUUUGACUUGUAUCAAGUGUGCACAGUCGGGCGAGUCGCCGUCGGGAGCGUCCAUCGAUUCGGGGCUGUGAUCGCGAUGGAGCUGCUGUGCAUCUCGUCGUGUUUUGGUCUGAGUGUGCUCUACUUAAAAUACAAAGUCCCGGACACCGCCCCAGACCUGCACAAGUCGCAAACGCUGUUUCUGUACUCGCUCGCAGCCCAAGUCUUUGCCCUCGACAGGUGGCGCGUCCAUGACGUGCUGUACUUGGAUAAGGCCAGCGCACUUCUCAACGGCCUCGUGGCGUUUGAGUUUCGACAGCAUUUGUACAUGGUCGACGUCAAGACGUGGCGACUCUUUUGCACCCCCAAACCAACGUCGCGAGGGCUCCACCGCGAACGAGUCGAGUAUUGUCUCCCGAUGGCGUCCGAAUGGCAGUGAUACAGGCUCCCGGUCGAGCGCUUUCGGGCUCACCCGUCUCACCACGAUAUAGCGAGUGGCCAACUUUCCCCAUUUGUUCGAGACAUGUGUCAUGCACAACGUGGACUAGUUCUCCAGGAAAGAUCCUUCUAAUACAUAGUGGGCAGUCCGACGUUGACUUGCGUUGUCGCGUGAGUUCACCUUGGAGGGCUGUUUCCACGCUAACAUGGCAGCAACGAUAGUCGUGCGCCAGCGCGCAGUGCGUGACGUCAGGGCUUUCAAGACCUGGGACGGAUGUCAGGUUUACAGCACACCCCACUUGUCGACAGAAUGGGCAGUAGAAUGGCUUCACAAACAUCGUCAACGCUCCACUUGCCACGAGAAAGGCUGAGGAUGUGUCGUCGUACGUACAAAACGGACUACCACUCAAGCAUUCAACCAUUCUACUUCCAAGAAGAAUGGGUCGGCGUUAUCUGGACUCCCAACAAGAAAUCGAUCGAGUCAAGGCGCCUUGGUUUCCCAGAAGAUGGAGAUCACCGCAGCGAAGAACGAAUGGUGCAGACGUCGUAGCGAGAUGGGGGCGCUCAAACCAAAUGGAAUCGUUGAUGGUGCAUUGAGCAAUCGAACCAAGUGGAAUCGUCGGCAGUACACUGACUAAACACUCAAACGUCCACCACAAACGCACUGCAGACAACGACACGUUCAACGCGAAACACACUUCAUCGAGGCAGUCGCGACAAGGUUUGGGUAGUCUCGAGUCGUUCACGGAUGUGAACCAUGGCGCUCCAUCGCGUGUGCACAUCGCCGUGGCCGUGUCUAAC